CAACGUGGAUGGAACUGGAGGAUAUUAUGCUGAGUGAAGCAAGUCAAUCGGAGAAGGACAAACAAGCGUCAGCUGAGACUGAGGGGCUGGGGGCUGAAGGCAGUCACACCAGGGGUGAGUGAGAAGUUUUGCCUACGAUGGAGGACAGCUGAUCAAAGCUGCGGCAUGGAAGAAACUUCAAACGUCAGACCACAAAACCUGGGUCUGUCCCUGAUGAAGAGAGAGUGAGAAGGUUGCUCCUGGAAGAAAAUAUUUUAUAGAAAUGAGGGUGAAAGGACAUCUAGUGACACAAACAAGACAUGACCAUUAGGGGGAGACACCAGGGGUUUUGGCCUAUGCAACUGCUGCAAGAGGUAGCAGACCAGAUUUGGUCCGUGGGCUGUAGUUGGCCAACUCUUGGACUAUAUUAUGCUACCGAGGAGGAAUGUUAAAAGAGCUCAGAGGCCGGGGGUACUCUGACAUUUAGUGGAGACGGGAGAAGGAGGAGGAUCUAAGUGACCAAGAGAACAGCAAGCGGGAAGGUGAGAUGAAAAAUCACAGACUGGGGAAGCACAGACGCCAAGGAAGAUGUUUGAAGAAAAAAGACAAACUGAUAUUGUGGUACCAGUAAACAUUUUGGAACACUUUGAGAUUUCAGAUAGUCCUCUAUUUAAUAUGUGCCUUCCAGAACAUCUCUUGUGGUAUCCACUACUUGGCUUCUGUGUUCAUGACAGUGUCCCCCUACCAUACCUGCAGGCCUCCAGGCAACGUGAGUCGAGUUCUUUCCCACAAUAUCUCUAGUUGGAGGUUGGAGGACAUCUGGAUCCUGUUUUUCACAGGCCAUGAAGAUCGGAUUGUAGUACAGCUACAGAACGGUGAGGUCUGGGAGCUCACAAGUUGUCACAGAUUCCGGAGGGAUGAGAAGUCUGGUUUGAACUCUGAUUAUAAUGGUCCUAAGAGUAGCUUUCCUUGUGUGGAUGGCUACGUCUAUGACAAGAGCAAGUGGGACAGCACCGUGGUGACUCAGUGGGAUCUGGUCUGUAACCGAGAAUGGUUCGCAAAGGUGAUCCAGCCCGUAUUUAUGUUGGGAGUCCUGCUGGGAGCGAUGAUUUUUGGCUACCUUUCUGACAGGAUAGGAAGACGCCUUGUCUUGUGGUCCACAAGCGCUGGCAUAUUUUUCUUUGGCAUAGCAGCGGCGUUCUCGUUUGAUUAUUACAGCUUCAUGAUCGCACGCUUUCUUCUUGCCAUGUCUGGAAGUGGCUAUCUCGUGGUGGUGUUUGUCUAUGUGACGGAAUUUAUUGGCAUGAAGGCUCGGACGUGGGCAUGCAUCCAGAUGCAUUCCUUUUUUGCAAUUGGAACAAUGGUGGUGGCUUUGACAGGCUACUUUGUCAGGACCUGGUGGAUCUAUCAGAUAGUCCUCUCCACAGUGACUAUCCCCUUUGUCCUGUGCUGUUGGAUACUCCCAGAGACACCUUUUUGGCUUCUCUCAGAGGGAAGAUAUGAAGAAGCGCAAAAAGUAGUUGAUACGAUUGCCAAGUGGAAUAGGGCCAGCUCCUGUAAACUGUCAGAACUUUUGUCACUGGAUCUAAAUGAUCCUGUUGGUAAUGAACCCCUUGAAGUUAAGAAGCACAACCUAUUAGAUCUGUUUUGUGACUGGAAUGUUGGAACGAGGACACUUACUGUUUGGCUGAUUUGGUUCACGGGGUGUUUGGGAUUCUACUUCUUCUCCUUGAAUUCUGUUAAUUUAGGAGGCAAUGAAUAUUUAAACCUCUUCCUCAUGGGUGCAGUGGAAAUUCCUGCCUACAUCUUCAUGUGCUUGGGGAUGGACCGUAUAGGGAGAAGAAGCGUUCUGGCCUUCGCCCUUAUCUCAGGUGCACUGUUCUGUGGUGUGGUUAUGGUGAUCCCCAAGGAUUACUUUAUUUGGACUGUGGUGGUGACCAUGGCUGGAAAAUUUGCCAUAGGGGCGUCGUUUGGCCUCAUUUACCUUUAUACAGCAGAGCUGUAUCCAACCAGGGUAAGGUCGCUGGCCGUGGGGAGCGGCAGCAUGGUGAGCCGCAUGGGGAGCAUCGUGGCCCCGUUCUGCGUGUACCUCUCCAGCGUUUGGACCUUCCUGCCACAGUUGCUUGUUGCGAUUUUGGCCUUCAUAAGCGGAGUGCUAUCGCUGAUGCUUCCAGAAACCAUGGGGAAGCCUCUGGCGACGACUUGGGAGGAGGCUGCCAGACAGGAUACAGAAAACGAGAGCUCAGGCAAAUUAUUUCCCACAACCAAUAAUACUGCGUUGAAAAACGUAGAAGUGAUUGACUCGGGGGGUUCGGGUCUUGGUGAAUAAAUGUGCCGUACGUGCUAGCGAGCACCGGAGUAAAACAUGGUUUACCAUACUGACUUUGUAUUAGAGGGAUAUUCUUCUCAUCUCCUGAAUGUCAUUUGUAUGUGUCUUUUAAAAAAAAUUUUUGUAAGAAAGUCUUAACACAAUUGUUUUUUGUAAAAGUAAAAAGAAAUAAAACCGAGAUGAGAAUUCUCAUUUUUUACACUGC